GCUUAACUUAAAACUUUUACAAACUAAAUAUAGUGCUUGUAAAAGUAACUAAGAGCUUUAACCACGGAACAUUACAAAAGUUAACACAUAUCAAGGAUUAAAAGCUGAGUGAAACAUGUACGAAUACAGGUGACUAUGUUCUGGUAAUCCUCAUGAAAUUAUGAUGAAAUCUAUGGCAGUGUUAAUACACAUUUAACAUUCAUGUCAAUGUAUCUGGAUGUUUACAUGCAUACACACAACAUAUCAAUAUCCACAGCUCUAGUUUCACUAUGUACCUUCAAAACUGGACUAAAAAAAUUAAGAAAAGAGUGAAUGUAAUGUUUUUCUGAGUGUGCACACAUGUGUCUGUUGUACGUGCAUACAAGAUAAUGUGAGACACUGUGUAAACCUGACCCUACCAGUUCACCCUGAGGCAGCAUCCUCACAACACAUAACAAUGGCUGCAAGUGCACAGAAUUUAUUGGAACCUUUGGAUUCUCUCUCAGAUGAAGGGGAAGAUGCCCUACUGGUUGGUAUACUGCUGACCAGUGACUGUGAUCUGUCUCGUUACAGCUGUCUGGGUCUGAUACAGAUAACAGAUUAUCACUUGUCCAGAUCACGGCUGGACGAUAUGAGAAACCUGAUUUGCGCCCAGCUCAACACAAUCCCCUCACAGUUUGCUUUUAUGUCCACACAAGGGUGGCCCGUAACGCGUGAACAAGAGAGAUAUGUCUAUGCCAGAAAUAUUGUGUCCGAAAACAGCACACUAUCCAUCCAAAGAGUGUAUGACACUCCCCGCAUUGGGGUGAAGGCAAAGAGCGGCCUCAGCCUGGGGUUCGUAUUUGUGGACUAUGACUGUGCAGUGGAUCAACUCAGGGAAAUAGUGGAAAGUCAGUUGCCUUUCUUUCGUGGCAUGUCCACCAACUACCAGUUCCUUGACAUGAACACAUGGCCGAUCAGUACAGCUCAGGAAAAGGAAUUGACUGUAUUAGACAUUUUGAAUGGCUCCUGUAUCCAUGUAUGUACAGAUGUCAGUAUUCGUGCUACGCUGGACUUUCAAACCAAUUCCAGAGACAGCUUUAACAGUGAUGUCGGACCCGCCCCCAAGAGGUUAAGAGGGGUGCGCGAGUUGUCAUACAGAAGCAGCAAAGACAUAGAUCGUCGUCAUAGCGAUGAUUCUGGCAGCACAGAGCAGGUUGAACCAAAGCAAAUUCUCAUCAGUUAUGUGCGAGCGGAGGCAGCCCAGCAUGCCCUGGACCUCAAACAGUACCUGUCUGAGUUUGGAUAUAGUGUCUACCUGGACGUUCAUGAAAUAAAGACAGGUGUGGACUGGCAGGAUUCCCUCAACUUUGCGGUGACAAAUUGUGAGGUGUUUGUACCAUUAGUGACCCCUAGGUACGGGGAGACCCAGUGGACUAACAGAGAGGUGAAGUUGGCAGAUGUGCUCAGUAAAUUUAUUCUGCCGGUAUCAUUUAUUGAUGACUGGCCUCCCAGAUGUCUCGCUAUACAGUUUGCCACAACACAGUAUAUCUACCACCGCAAAGAGUUGCCAACUGGCGGAGAUCUGAGCCCUUUCAUCAACGGUCACACUGGCAAUCAGAACGAUUCUCGAAAUUGGCGAGACGAAGACGUUCGACAUGUGGCCUUAGAAAUUGGUCAUCGUAUCAGCACAUUCAGAGAGACAACUGCCAGAGGACUUGUUUUGGUCAAGCAGACCUCCAUGCUGAAGAGUUACCCGUCUGGCUUGCCACUGGGAAUGGAGGGCCUAGAUGAUGUGACCUCAGACCGGGAAGGGAAACCCCUUAUCGUCAUCAGUCUUCACCCAGACCAAAGCCAUCUGGGUAAAGAGUUGACAAAACUUCUAGAAAACCAAAAUUAUGAGGUCUGGUGUUCAACAGAACUGGACUUUGCCGAGGAUGACACCAUCCGACUUAGUCAAUCAGAGUUACAGUUGUUGCGAUCCAGUCAGUCAUCUCAGUCAUGUGACACGACAGACUCGUCCGUGGACAGUCGCAAGCAGUUUCAGGAGAAGGCCAAUGAGGCUGGUCUGGUUAUCGUUGUCCUCUCCCAGUCAUUUGCUCUCUCCAAAACAUGUCAGCAGCAGGUAUAUUAUUGUGAGCACAGGAAGAGGAUGAUCCCGUUUGUCUGUGAAGAGUUCACUUUUCCUGGCUGGCUCAGUAUGCUGCUGGGCAACACCACUUUUGAGACCAUGAAGAACCCCAGUUACAAGGAAAGCCUGCUGUCUCGUGUCAAACAGGCUCUCGAUCCUUCAGCCAAAGACAACCCCAUGGACGAGAUCAAUGAGGCCAGGCUCAUGCAGUUUGUACAAAGAGUCUGGAAGCAAAUUCCACGAGAAUACUGUGUGUACAUUUCUGGUGGUACGAAAUUCCACAAUAGUUCUACAGAGAUGAUCUGCAGGGCAAUUGGUCAAAGUUUGGCGAAGUUGGAGAGGGUUACCUUGGUAACGGGUGGUUUCUAUGGUGUGAUGGAAUCUGUGAGCAGAGGCUUUUAUGAGGAGACACAGAGAAUUUGGAAGAACCAUAAAGUGUGGCAUAUCUUGCCAGAACGGGACCCCACAAACAUGAGUAAGAAGGCCUUACAAAACAGGGAUGGCACAUUUAAAGCUCUUUCCUUUGGCAAGACGAUGUUUUGUGGGAGCAGUGUAAGAGAGAGAGAAACAAUCGUGGCUAGAGCAUUUGACAUCUGUGUACUUGUGGAAGGCGGCCCAGGCUCUGCUCAUGAAGCUGAGCAGUUUGCGUGGAGUGAUCGAAUUGUAAUACCCAUCCGGGCGACAGGAGGUGCCGCAGGAGGAUUGUUUGGUGUCCCACAGAAAAUAUUCAAGGUCCCGCAGUGUGUGUCUGAAGAUGAUUGGACAAUUCUCAGCCAGAAAACAUGCUCACCUACAGAAAUUGGAAACGCUGUUUCUAGAAUCAUCUCUAGUAUCUUUAAGAAGCCCAAGAUUGGGGUAAAACCAACGACAAAGAAAGUCAUUACCAAAGGGAAAAAACUCCCAAAAGCUGAAACUCUGUCUAAACCGAGUCUGACGACGAUGAAAACCAUCAUUCUGGGUUAAAUCCCAUGUAUAUGGACAAGGUGCUAUCUGUGUAGGCAGUCAGCCUUAUGUCACUAUUGCUUCAUUGUCUUCAUUGCUUCUGUAACAGGUACAUGGACUUUCUCAAGUUAAGACCAUAAGAAACAGGGAAAAACACAAGAGAAAAAGAGUGUAAAUGUAGUUUCUGGACUGACACCAGUGGUUAUGAGCACUGUCAAUCACACCCGAACUCGUUGCCUGACAGGAUAGGAAUGUCCAGCUACGAUUCAUGUGGUUCAGUGUGCAGAGCAUGCAUAACAAUGCUAAUUGAUUUUAAAGUCUAAAGGUCGACAGAGACGGUAGAUGAGGCUUUUUACUUUUUUAUGUUCUUAAGGUAUUUCUUUCUUUUUCUUUGUUAUAUGAUGACACAAACGGUAUCUGAUAAAGAAAGAUUGUGUCCGAGGCUGAUGAGCACAAAAAACACUACAUCACCCCCUGAGUGGAAGUGAUUUUGAUAGAAAUAACUGAAUCUUCGACUGAUAGUGUACCUAUCAUUGUGUGUGGGAAUGUCUGUCUACGUACUUCUUCUCUCCUUUUUAAUAAUUGUUUGUUCCAAAAAAUCGGUGCUUAAAUGUUUUACAUAUUGUUAUGUUUGCUGGAGAAACAAAUUAAGCUUUAGAAAUUCAGAAAAUUGAUUUGAGUUUUGGUGUUACUUACAUGUGGCAUUUUUAACACAAGACGGCAGAGAAAUAUCAAGGCUGUGAUUUUCCUCAUGUGACUUGUUUUUAGGGUCAGUACCACUGUUGAUGUCUGCAGUGUUCUGACAAACAUUUAUAUUGAAUGUUAUAUAUAUUUUAUUACCUGUAGUUAGAAUUUCAUUCAUACUUGUAACUUUACACUGUCAGAUAUAUGCCUUGUAAAUAGAAAUUCUCUCAUAUCUAUGGCUGGACCAUGUAUCACUCAAUAAGAUUUGUACUUGUUUUAGAUAAUUACAUAGUUAGUUUCUGAAAGGAUUUUUAAUAAUGUACACCUUUUGCCCCUGAGGCUAGUGCUAAACUGUAUGAAGCAAAGGCAGAUGAGAAGAAACAUCUGUCUUCCAGGUGAGAUUUGUCAUGUCGGUCCUGGAUGCUAUAACCUUAGUGAUUUCAUGCACAAUACACUGCCAUUCUAAAUGGUUGAAUUUUCAAAUGGUGCUUUUGUAUUGAAUACAUGUUGAGAAAAAGAAACCAUAAUAUGCAUUUCUCUGUUCACAGUACACAGUGCUACUUAUCAUAGUAAAUGACUUACUAAAGCAUUAUAAAUAAAUGUUGAUGUAUGUUAGCUUAUAUGAAACCAUACUGUUUGGUUGACUUCAUGUUGACUUCAUGCUUAUAAAUGUGUUCUUACUGCUUACUUGAGAUUAUGGCCUCUUACAUUCUCUUUCUGAAGUUGAUAAGGUAAGGAUUCUGAUGUCCUGGUGAGCAGAUCUGCUUAAGCAAAGAUUUCUGUAAAACUGACCACUUCACAAGUAAAUCGUUUACCUCACCAGUAAUAUUCCAUUUUAGAACACAUCUGAAUGAAUGGAAAUGAUUUGUCCAGAAGUACAUUGUAGUUGAACAACACCAGUGGAGAAAUGGAGGUUUCUUAACCCAAGUCAGUCAUCUCGUCGCGGAAACAGUCAUCUCGCGUAGAGGACAGUCACUUCCGAUGGUCGGGUAUGGGACAGUCACUUCCGAUGGUUGGGUAUAGGACAGUCACUUCUGAUGGAGACUUUUAGAGAAUCCCAUUACCAUUUACCCGUAAGUCCAUAUUCUGUAUAUAUUUACACUUGUUACCAAAAUAUUUAUUUCCAUUUUAAUUGGUUGGUAGUUGAAUCUUGGAAUGUCUGAUCAAAGCUGGCCUUUUUGUUAGCCCUUUAGCCUGUUCGGACUUUUCUUGCUUAAGACUUGUGUGACAUGAAUUUGUUUCAUGAAAUAUGAAUUAACUUCGACAGUAUUGUUACAGCUGUACCCAGUGUACAUGUACUACAUUCACUCAAACAAAAUAUCUUCAAUCAAAAGUACAAAGUAUGACUACCUUAAUUGAGUAGGUUAAGAUGUUGGGGAAGAGUUACGUGAAUGUGGUAGGACACACCCUGCAGCAACCUACAGCACCCUACAGCACCCUACAGCACCCUGCAGCACCCUACAGCCCCCUGCAGCACCCUGCAGCUCUGGUAAUGAGAAUAUUGCUGUAGUACACGCUCCAGAGACCAGAUAGGAGUAUAGUCUACAUCACGUAAUGGAUACACAAGAAAGAUCGGCCAGGUGUGACCUGUGUCAAUCUGCUCACUGCAUCUUCAUUGAUGUCAUAUGCUGGAAGGUUUAUGCAGUUUUGUGCCCUACAUACAGCUGAUUUCACAACUCAAUUAAACAUCAAUUGACGAGGUCGUGCGACUGCUUGAGAAGGCUACGCUGUCAUGCGUUUGAAAGCAUUUUACAUUUUGGGAGGUUUUUCAUUUGCAUUUGCAUUUUAAGUUGAAGAAAAAGAAAUGAGGUAAGUGGAAACUGGUUAAAUUGAGCAGAAAAGUUGUCUAAAUACUUCAUUUUUUUUCUUUUGGUGCAACUUGAGUGCUUGUGUUUCUGAGCUAGGAUAAGUGUGGCUGACUUGUUCUCUGAUCACAUCCUGUACCUCUCAGUCUGCAGCAGUUACAGGUAUUCUACCUGUGAGUUCACUGGACUUGUGAUGAACGCAGGGUAGAGCCACUUAUACAUACAGUGUAUAACAAUCAACACGUGGAGAACAUACAAGUCAUUAACCCAUGCGUUACAAAAAAGCAUGCAUAUUAUAUGGAAGAGCUGAAAAGCAUGCACAAGAAUAAAAUUUUCAUGGCAUGUCUAGAAAUUUUUUAUUAAAAUGUCUGAAAUUUGAAUUUAUUACCUGGUGCCAUAUGAAGAUGAUGUUUGUUAGAGAAGCACAACCAGUCUGAUAGCAUAAGUCUAACAUCUGUUAGACAACCACAGGUAUAAAUCAAGUACCAGUGCCAUUACUCUGUUGUGCAAAACAUAACCAAAAGUCCAUGUACAUGUACUUCUUAAAAAUGGGUCAGGAUUUUCCACCAGACACUACCCAGUUUCAUUUCACCGUAAUGCUCUCCGCUGCCAUAUACUAAGUGAAAUAUUCUAGUAUACAGCAUAAAAUUCCAGUCAAAUCAGUAAAUAAAAAAAAUCUUAAACAGGCACAAACUUCACUAUAUGUGGGUACAUUGGAUUAGUUUACGGUUCUUAACCUACACAUAAUGCAUGGGUUCAAAAUCGAAUUGCCUGUUGAUGGUAUACAUGUAGCACAGAAUAUAUUACAUCAUUGAAUGUUAUAGUGUAUACAACACAAGUAAAAUUGUCUGUGUCUAUACUGGCAGUUCAUGUAACGGACAGCUGUAUCUACAUGUACAACACAAGUAAAAUUGUCUGUGUCUAUACUGGCAGUUCAUGUAACGGACAGCUGUAUCUACAUGUACAACACAAGUAAAAUUGUCUGUGUCUAUACUGGCAGUUCAUGUAACGGACAGCUGUAUCUACAUGUACAACACAAGUAAAAUUGUCUGUGUCUAUACUGGCAGUUCAUGUAACGGACAGCUGUAUCUACAUGUACAACACAAGUAAAAUUGUCUGUGUCUGUACUGGCACUUCAUGUAACGGACAGCUGUAUCUACAUGUACAACACAAGUAAAAUUGUCUGUGUCUAUACUGGCAGUUCAUGUAACGGACAGCUGUAUCUACAUGUACAACACAAGUAAAAUUGUCUGUGUCUGUACUGGCAGUUCAUGUAACGGACAGCUGUAUCUACAUGUACAACACAAGUAAAAUUGUCUGUGUCUGUACUGGCAGUUCAUGUAACGGACAGCUGUAUCUACAUGUACAACACAAGUAAAAUUGUCUGUAUCUAUACUGGCAGUUCAUCUAACCGACAGCUGUAUCUAUACAUGUACAUAUAUUUGAUGAUGUAUAAGCGUACACAUCACAGUCUCCUGAUAAAUUUAAUUCUGUGCAGGCUUUUUAUGUUUAGUUUCCAUGGUAACCAGGUAGGGUGCCAAAACCAGUGCUGCAAUCGAUUCUCUUUCUUGUGAUGGGGUAUCUUAGACAGGUGUAUUAAUUAAGAUAGUCCAUUGCCCUACCAGGUGAUACCUCAGAGUGUGCUCAGCUACAGUGGGCCAUUAAUAAACCGGACAGCCAUAUGUCUUUGUACUUCUCUCUGUCAGUUCUAGUAAAAUGUUACACUAAAAAUUCAAAACCAGACAAUGCCCCAUUUUUCUUUAGAAGACAGUGACACAUUUUCUACGAAGACUCUGUUUUUUUUUCUUUUGCAUUAGUUGAUAUACUGAUCCGUUAGCAUAAGGACAGGCUUGUUAUUACCUUCUUUCAUGAGAACAAGCUUGUUAUUACCUUGUUCCAUGGGGACAGAAACAUGCAUGAAACUUCUAAUUGUCUUGUUGGUGCAUUAUAACUCUUAUAAAUGUAUAUAUAGGUUUGAUCAAAUGUCCCUGCAUAGAAACUGCAGCACAAAGGAAUAUAGUUCUGGGAGUGGAACAUUUUAACUUUUUAUUAAAGGCUAGAAGGUUGAGGAAAAGUGGAACAUUAAAGGGCAAGUUAAAGAAUCAGUGUUGAUUGGCUGGCAGUGGAGAUAGGAUUUCCUGGGUUAAAGCCUACAGCCUUGCUCACUCGUUAGUAAAUGUGCCAUAUUUAAAAUUCAUCUUAGGCUAGGCAUAAACCUGUACUUGUCUGUCUCUCAUGCCAGCAAAUCAGCAACCAUUCCAUAUCCCUGUAACUCUUCAGUGGAGUGAGCCCUGUGAGGGAAUAAAGACGUUCCACACAUUGACUGUUAUCCAUGAAACAUGGUCUAUAUUUACAUUGUUACCAUAAACAUGUAGCAUCAUCCUGUAACCUCUCACAUCUAACAGUUAACUCAUUCCGACUCAACACUGAGAUUUUAUGUGUUAAUUGGGUUGCCAGUCACUUGAAAUUUACAUUUGACUUUCAGAAACUGCAAAUUAAAUUUGCUCUAUCAUUUAGACAAGGCGAAUUUGUCAAAACAGAAUUUCAUGUUCAUGCAAAUGUGUUGAAGAUGUUAACUUAAAUUUUUGAAAAUCAUGCAAAUUUUUGGAAAAAAUCAUUAAAAUGACAGGAAGGUUGUUCUUGGCUUUGCUUGUCCAUGUGGAUAAAUGUUAUGUGUCUGUUAAUGUCUUACUGUUGAUAGAAUUAAACAAAGCCUUCACAAAUUUGCGUGUGUUGUAAUGAAGGAAAUAUUCUUAGUCUUGUUGAAUGUACAUGUAUCACAUGAUAUAUAUAUUUUGUAUUACCAGCCAACUGUUAAGUGCCAUGUUAAAUUGAUUGAGGAGUAGAUGAUUGUUUAUGAAUCUUACAGACUGAACUGAAGUUUAGUUUUCAGUAUUGGUUAAUAUUUUUUAAUCUUUACAUGAUUGUUUGUAUUUUAAAUGAAAAACUUGCUGGCCCCAAUAUGCCUCGUCUAGAUUUUAUAGCCAGAACUAAAUGUUCAUAUUCAAACUUGAAAUGAUUGAAUAAUUAGAAAAAAAUAAUUGAGUUUUUGUUUAUAUGUAAAUGUAAGCAUGUGUUACAAAGAUGAUCAUCAAUGAAUGUCUACUGCCAAAAUCCCUGUCAUCUGUCACCUGGAAAUUAGCCAUGUCCUCUACCCCCAUGUACUCAGAAAUCACAAAGCAUUAAAAGGAAUAUGUAGUCUUGUCAUUAUGUUUGUAUCAUUUUCCAGCAACUUCAACUUUUAUCCUGAAUUGUGAUACAUACUUGUCUUCAUUGUACACUAAAGUUCAUCUUAGCAUCAUGAUUUUCCUUUUGUUUUUUGAUCUUUAGCCAUGUAAACCUCUGGUCUGGUUCACUUAUGUUCUGUUAUAAACAACAGGGAAUGUGCUUUCAGUUGCAGAUACUAUUGGUAACACAUAUGUUAUACAUGGAUACUCUUUUUUAUGUCCCUUGUAAUAAAAGACAUCUAUAAUUCCUUUA